CUCUGCGUCUGCGCGCAGUUCAAACAAGUUAAUAGACCCACCAGAAACCCCAUUUUAGUGCAGUGCUCAAGGGGGUAACUGACAAAAACCCUAGAAGGCAGUGACUAAAAACCAUUGUAAGCCGCAGUUAGUGUUUUUUUGUGUUCAAUAAAAGCUGCUAGAAAAAACGUUUUUAACCUAAUAGCACACAAGUUUUUAUCCUCCUCGGGCCAUUGAGCAAUUUUCCUCGAGGCAUUUUCAAUAAGGAAUAAACAAUUAAUUCAAUAUUUAAAACGUAAAAGGAAACGAGACACCAAACCACUGGACUCAACGAUCUCUAUUAACAUGUCCGCCAGUCCCUCAGCCUGCGAUUGUUUGGUGGGCGUGCCCACUGGACCCACCCUCGCCUCCACAUGCGGUGGCAGUGCCUUCAUGCUGUUCAUGGGCCUCCUGGAGGUAUUCAUUCGCUCCCAGUGUGACCUGGAGGAUCCCUGCGGCCGGGCAAGCACUAGGUUUCGAUCGGAGCCGGACUACGAGUACGAUUUCAUUGUCAUUGGCGGCGGCUCAGCGGGAGCUGUGGUGGCCUCCCGACUCUCCGAGGUGCCCCAAUGGAAGGUGUUGCUGAUCGAAGCCGGGGGCGAUGAACCUGUGGGUGCCCAGAUUCCCUCGAUGUUCCUCAACUUCAUUGGCAGCGACAUCGACUACCGCUUCAACACGGAACCGGAGCGAAUGGCCUGUCUGUCCUCGAAUGAGCAGCGCUGCUACUGGCCACGUGGCAAGGUCCUUGGUGGAACAUCGGUGUUGAACGGCAUGAUGUACAUACGAGGCAACCGCGAGGACUACGACGAUUGGGCAGCCCAAGGAAAUCCAGGCUGGGCCUACAACGACGUGCUGCCGUUCUUCAAGAAGUCGGAGGAUAACCUGAAUCUGGAUGACGUGGGCACGGAAUAUCACGGCAAGGGCGGCUUGUUGCCCGUGGGCAAGUUCCCGUACAAUCCGCCGCUAUCCUACGCCAUUCUCAAGGCCGCCGAGGAGAUGGGCUUCUCUGUGCAGGAUCUCAAUGGUCAGAACUCCACCGGGUUCAUGAUUGCCCAGAUGACGGCCCGUAAUGGCAUCAGAUACAGCUCAGCUAGGGCUUUCCUGCGACCGGCCCGCAUGCGCAAUAACCUGCACAUCCUGCUGAACACCACGGCCACCAAGAUCCUCAUCCACCAGCACACCAAGAAUGUGUUGGGUGUGGAAGUAAGCGACCAAUUCGGUAGCAUGCGCAAGAUUCUGGUGAAGAAGGAGGUGGUUUUGAGUGCCGGAGCCGUUAACUCCCCCCAGAUCCUGCUCCUCAGUGGUGUGGGUCCCAAGGACGAGCUGCAGCAGGUGAAUGUGAGGACCGUGCACCAUCUUCCUGGUGUGGGCAAGAACCUGCACAACCAUGUGGCUUACUUUACCAACUUCUUCAUCGACGAUGCGGACACAUCACCUCUCAAUUGGGCCACAGCCAUGGAGUACUUGCUGUUCCGCGACGGCCUCAUGUCCGGCACAGGAAUUUCGGAUGUAACCGGAAAGCUGACCACCCGCUGGUCUGAAAGGCCGAACACUCCCGAUCUGCAGUUCUUCUUUGGCGGCUACCUGGCCAAUUGUGCUCGCACAGGACAAGUGGGCGAGCUGCUCUCGAAUAACUCCCGGUCAAUACAGAUCUUCCCAGCUGUUUUGAAUCCCCGAUCCCGUGGAUUCAUUGGCCUGCGCUCCGCCGAUCCUCUGGAGCCGCCACGGAUUGUGGCCAACUACCUGACCGACGAGCGGGAUGUGAAGACGCUGGUGGAGGGCAUCAAGUUCGCCAUCCGGCUGUCGCAAACAACGCCGCUGAAGCAAUACGGCAUGCGGCUGGACAAGACGGUGGUCAAGGGAUGCGAGGCACCCGCCUAUGGCAGCGAUGCCUACUGGGAGUGCGCCGUGCGGCAGAAUACGGGACCGGAGAAUCACCAGGCGGGCUCCUGCAAAAUGGGUCCCAGCCACGAUCCCAUGGCAGUGGUCAACCACGAGUUGAGGGUCCAUGGCAUUCGGGGACUCCGCGUGAUGGACACCAGCAUCAUGCCCCAGGUGACCUCGGGGAACACCCACGCACCCGCCGUGAUGAUCGCCGAGAAGGGCGCCUACCUGCUGAAGAGGGCCUGGGGCGCCAAGGUCUGACGCGUGGAUGCGACGUGGACGUUGCAUAGAGUAAUUUAAUCAGAAUCCAAGCGAAAAUUACUGCAAGUAAAAUUUUAAGCGAAAUUAUUGUUAAGGCCCCUCAGAUUCAAAACUAAACCUUUCUAUUUACUACCUUGGUCUAAUCUAAUU